GUUUGGUGGGGACUGGGCUUGCAGCACCUCAACAGCUUUCAGGUUCCACCCCUCCAUGCCCCCAAGCCUCCACCGCUAUGGCAGACAAGAUGGCGGCCCCCAGCCUGCCAAGCCCACUCCUCAUGGGGCUGUGGGCCGGCAGAGCUGGCGGAGCUGGGAGAGGUGACAACCCACAGGGCAUCCGCAGAGCAGUGCGUCAGCAUCGCCGCGAGCUUCAAAACGCGGCGCCUGAGAGGCUGGGGAGGAAGUGGGCUCCAGUCCCAGCACCAUGGCGGAGCCGCUGCAGCCCUGCGAUGUCCCCACGGCACGGCAGGGCCUGCGUGACAACCACAGCAACCUGCAGCGUGUGGCUGAGUACUGCGAGAGCAACUACCUGCAGGCGAGCGACAAGCGGAAGGCUUUGGAGGAGACGAUGGCGUUCAGCACGCAGUCCUUGGCCAGCGUGGCCUACCAGGUCAGCAGGUUGGCCACCACCUUCCUGCAGCUGCUGGACCUGCAGGCAGCCGAGCUGCAAAAGCUGGAGGCCAACAUCAGCUGUGUAGCCCAGAGUGUUGAUAUGCACAAGGAGAAAGUGUCUCGCCGGGAGAUUGGCUCUCUGACUGUCAGCAAGAGGUUCCCAUCCCACCAGAAGAUCACAUCCCCCCCCAACCCACCGUCCCUGGAGCCCUACUACAGGAAACCCCUCAACUUCAGCAUCCUGGAUGACGUUGGCCAUGGCAUAAAGGACCACAGCACCCAGCUGUCCCGCACAGGCACACUGUCUCGGAAAGGGAUCAAGAGUCAACAGUCUGCAAGCACCAUAGGGAGGAGCACUCGUGUCCCUGAGCCCAUCCAGCCUCCUGUGAUUCCCGAGGGAAAGCUCUCUGCAGCUUCAUCAGCCUCCUCACUGACAUCAGUCAGCUCGAGUGGAGGAGCUCCUGGGGAAGGCAUCCCUGCACCACCCCCACCUCCACCCCCACCAGGUCCACCACCCACCCCGGCUGCAGCCACCAUCCCACCACCCCCACCUCUCCCUGGGGAUCUGCUCCCACCACCACCAGGGGACCUGGCUGUGCCCCCACCGGACUUCAGCCUUCCAGUCCCCGAUGACCUCGAGCCACCACUGCCACCACCACCAGUGUUGCCCAACUUUGAGGAUUUCACCCCACCACCACCACCACCAGCUGCAGAGGAACCCCUCUGCGCCCCACAGAGCUACCUGGACAAAGUGCUGACCCUCUACCCGUACACACGGCAGAAGGACAACGAGCUCUCCUUCGAGCCUGGGGCCCUCAUCUACGUCACACGGAGGUACUCUGAUGGAUGGUGCGAAGGCAUCCUGGGCGAGGAGCAAUCGCUGUUUCGGAGAUGCUGUGAAGGUUUGGCACUGAGGCAACUCCCCUGUCCCUCAAACUGCUGGAACUGGGAGAGCAGCAAGCUCUGAAAUCCCAUGGGCUGGCCCUGAUGCUGCUGCUCCUGAACCCAUAGAACUGAUGGUAGAGCAGGACCAAAGCUCAGAAAUCACAAACAAGCAUGAGGAGGAGAGCAAUAACCACAGAGGAUCUGCUCCCUAUCUGCAGCUGCUUGAGAUGGAGAGAGAGGAGGCUGAGCCAGGUCUAAAUCCUGCACCAAAGGGGCUGCUGUAGGAUCAGGCCCAACCUGCAGAGCAUUGCUUAUAAUCCAACCCCACUCUGCUGCUCCCCUGGUCAGUUCCCAAGGCUGCCUGCCUCCUCCUGCAGCCUGAGGAAGGGAAACACCAUGUGCGUGCACCUCAGAGCCAUUUCACACUCAGGUUUAUGUUCUGGAUACAAAGAACUUGUGUAUCUGUAAUAUAUAGAUAUAUAUCUAUAUACAUAUAUAUGUUUUUUUUUUUUUAAUUCCAUGGCUUUAAGUUCCACUCAGUUGAACAGUGUCCAGACGAGGAAGAACGAAGAAAAGGGGGAAAAAAUGAAAUAAAGGAGGAUCAUCUCA